AUGUCGGAAAGAGAAUCACAAGCUCUGAAGGAAUACAUCAAAGACAGACUCGAAAAGAAACAAAUUCGACCAUCGAAAAGUCCAGCAGGACACGGUGUAUUAUUCGUACCCAAGAAGGGAGGGGAAUUACGACUAUGCAUUGACUACCGACCACUGAAUGACAUUACGGUCAAGGACAGACACCCAUUACCGCUCAUUACAGAAAUACAAGAUAAGAUAAGAGGAGCAAAAUGGUUUACGAAACUCGAUAUUACAGAUGCAUACCACCGCCUCAGAAUCGCGGAAGGCGAAGAAUGGAAAACUGCAUUUCGAACAAAAUAUGGACAUUACGAAUACUUGGUUAUGCCUUUUGGGCUCACCAACGCACCAGCAUCGUUUCAGAGGUUCAUCAAUGAAGCACUAGGAGAAAUCCUCGAUGUAUUCGUCAUCGCAUAUCUAGACGACAUCCUAAUCUUCUCGCACAGCCUCGAAGAACACGUUCAACACGUCCAAACAGUUUUGGAGAAGCUACAGAGAGCAGAAGUACGACUCAAAUUGAAAAAAUGUGAAUUCCACGUCCAAGAAACCGAGUUUUUAGGACACUGGAUAUCCACCGAGGGAAUACAAGCGGAGGAAGGAAAGGUGAAAGCUAUCCGAGAAUGGCCAGAACCAACCAACCUCAAGGAACUGCAACAGUUCAUCGGAUUGCUGAACUAUUAUCGGAAGUUCAUCGAUCGAUACGCGCAUAGGCUAGCACCACUCUUUGACUUACUCAAGAAAUCAAAGCAAUGGGAAUGGACAAACGAGCACCAAAGCGCAUUCGACAAAGCGAAAGAAGCAAUCACCACUGCACCAAUCUUGGCACAGCAUGAUCCAGCUAAGCAGACCAUCAUUGAAACCGACGCAUCUGACUAUGCGAUUGGCGCACGAAUGGUACAAGCGGGACCAGACGGAAAGCUACGACCAAUAGCAUUCGAAUCUAGGAAACUAGUUCAAGCGGAACUGAACUACGACAUCCACGACAAGGAAUUGUUGGCUAUAGUGUCAGCGUUCAAAAAAUGGAGGGUUUACCUAGAAGGAGCACAACACCAGAUCAUUGUGAAAUCGGAUCAUAAAAACCUGACGUACUUCACAACCACGAAGGAGCUCACACGAAGACAAGCGAGAUGGGCUGAAACACUAUCACAAUAUGACUUUAGGAUUGAACACUGCAAGGGAUCAGAAAACGGUCAAGCCGAUGCCUUGAGCCGAAGGCCUGAUCAUGAGAUCAAAGGAAAAACAAUCGAGACUGCAAUAUUGAAACAGCAUGAGGACGGAUCGAUCGGAUAUAAUAAGCAGACACUCGCAGCAGUAACUGUGGAAAUCAAGGACCCUACUCGACACCUCAUCGCGAAAGCAAACAAAAAAGACGAAGCACUCACACAGAAACUCGAAGCAAGCGACGACCUGUUCACCAAAGACGAAGAUGGAAUCGUAUACUACCGAAACCUCAUUUGGGUUCCUCAGAAACUACGGAACAUGAUUAUUCAGGAACACCAUGACAACCCGACACGAGGACACUUUGGAGUCGAGAAAACAUCGGAACAGAUCGCAAGGAACUACUAUUUCCCAAACAUGGCAAAACAAGUCAGGAAAUAUAUCGACAAAUGCGAAACAUGCAUCAGAGACAAGCCAGCAAGACACAAACCAUAUGGACUUAUGCAAUCACCAGACGCACCUUCGAGACCCUGGGAAUGGAUCACAAUCGACUUUGUGGGACCACUACCUGAAUCGGAAGGAUGGGACAUGAUAACGGUGAUAACAGACCGACUCACCAAAUACAUUCAUUUGGUACCAAGCAAAUCAACACUCGAUGCAGUGCACCUCGCACACUUACUCGUCAAUCACGUCUUUGUUCAUCAUGGAAUGCCAAAAAAGAUCACAUCGGAUCGAGACAAGUUAUUCACAUCGAAGUUUUGGCAAUCACUCACAGACCUAAUGGGGAUAGAUCAGAAGUUAACCACGGCAUAUCACCCACAAGGAAAUGGUCAGACGGAAAGAACAAACCAGACGAUCGAACAAUAUUUGCGACACUACGUCAAUUAUCAACAGGAUGAUUGGGCAAACCUGUUACCAACAGCACAGUUCGCAUACAAUAACGCGGAACAUUCGACAAUAGGAACAACACCCUUUUACGCAAAUCACGGGUACCACGCUAAAGUGGCAGGUGAGCCAAGAAAUAAACAACCUGUCGCAGAAGAAGCGAUCGAAACAGUCGAAGGAUUGAAAAGCUUGCACAAUCAAUUAUCCUUGGACAUCAAGUUCUUUAACCAUCGCGCGGCAAUGUACUACAACCGACACCACGAAAAGGGACCUACCUUUAAGAAGGGGGAGAAAGUAUUCCUACUCCGCAGAAAUAUCAAAACGAAGAGACCAAGUUCGAAACUCGACCAUCAGAAAAUCGGACCAUUCAGAGUCGAAGAACAAAUUGGCAACGUCAACUAUCGAUUAAAACUACCAGACUCGAUGAAAAAGAUACACCCCGUGUUUCAUAUCUCGUUAUUGGAACCUGCACCAGAAAAUGCCAAAAUCGCUGAAAACAUCGAACUCGACGAAGAAGGAACGGAAUACGAAGUCGAAAAAAUACUAAAACAUAAGCGAGUCAAUGGGAAACCGCACUACCUGGUGAAGUGGAAGGGUUACAGUACCUCAGAAAACUCAUGGGAGCCUAUCGAGAAUUUGACGGGCUGCCACCAGCUGGUUCGACAGUACCACCAGCGGAAGGAUCAAAAUUCACCCAGAAGGAAGGGUCAUCCAUCAGCUGACCCCGGAACAGGAAACCGCAGUUUCCUGAUGGUGCAACUUCUCCUGCGCCUCACGCUCUUUUUGCUCUUGACGCUCAAGUUCCUCGAGUUCCUCAAUUUCUUUAAUAUCACGCGCAAUGAAAUCACCUGCACGUUUUUGCAAUAA